AUGGGGGACAAGUCAAGCCCACCUGACAAGAAGACGCCUCCCCAUUGGUGGACGGCCGCGAGAAGAACCAAGCUGCUUGAGCUCAUCGAUGAGCAGAUCGAGGGAGGCAAGAUACAACACACGGCAUGGAAUUCGAUCCGGGCCAAGUUCAACAAAUCCAUCGGCGCGAAUCAGACGGUCGUCCAGCUCCAGAACCAGCGGGCGUACAUUCGAGAUACCUUCUUGAACUACCGCAUUCUGAGGCACCAGCCCGGCUUUACCUGGGACUCGAAAAGCUCGACUCUGGCCGCCGACAAGAGCGCCUGGGACAGGUACCCCCACAUGCGGUCCCUCCAAAAUAGGCCAUUCCCGAUGUAUGAGCUUGCCGACCGAGUCUUCAGGGGUCCGGAUCUUCUGCCGGAUAGGGGUCAUCAGUCGGUUGCGAAUAAGAUCCCGGCAUCGUCGUCGGCUCAAGGUCCUAAAACUGUCGCGAACCCGAAGGCGGAACACGGAACGGCAGUCAAGGAAGAAGAAGUUGGCUCCAAAAAGCGCGCCUCUUCCUUGGUCUGCAAGGACGGCGAUAGCGACAUCGAAGUUCUGGAGCACCUGGCCGAUCCGGCUGCUUUACAUUCUAAACGUGCUCGCAAAGGAGAAUCGGCGCCUGAAACGAACAGUCACGACGAUUUCAUAAAGCCAAUUGUCUCAGCGGCCACGCGAGGGCCAACGUCUCUUACAAGAGAGAUACCUUAUAGCGCCCUAUCCCAAUGUCGCUCUACAACCCCUCUCGAAGAUCCGCCUACCCCACAAGAAAGACAAUCGAACGGCGUCACAGGAAAAAGUUUCCACCAGCAAAUCCACCGAGCAGGCCCGACCACCAUCCGUGCCCCAGAAGGCAAAUCUUCCAAUGGAAAGAAACGCGAGCCUGCCGACGAACCAAGCAAAGCUGGAGACUGUGCUUCCAACUCCGCGGAGACAGCGCCAAGAGAAGACGGACGUGCCGACCCUCUGGCGCCUCUCCUUCAAGACUCCGUCUCCGCCCGAGCCCUGAAAUCCCUUGCGGAUCUUUUCCUGGAUCAGGUCGACGAACGGCACUACAUCCGCUUUGUCCGUGUGCUCGAGAACCACGAGAAGGCCGCCGUCUUCCUCGUCUUGGUCCACACCUCCAACAAAUCGAUUUGUCUGCAAUGGCUCGACGACUGUGUUCGUUAG